UUUUUCUAUCUGUCGGGUAUCGUUUUCAUCGACAAACCCCCAGAGAGCCAAUGGCGUCUGCUGUCCUCUCCUUGCUAUUCUUACAUGGUGCUUUUUCUGGAGAAGCAGAGGAAAACAAAUUUGCAUAUCGUCAUUGAUCUAGUGGUGGGAUUCAUACCGCGCGGGUGGUCGGCCCAAUCAGCAACCUACCUAGUCUCUUAUUCUCAUUCAAAUUUCUCUCCCUGCCGUUCGUUUCACCAAAGCGCAUUGAACAGCGAGUCUGCCUUUUUACCCGAAUAGAAGCAUGGCCGCCUCAGAAGCACGGCCGGAUCAGCCGAGUCUGCCCUGGCGGAUGGCAUCGGCGGCCAUCAUGAGCCUCACCGGCGCCAUUUCCCGAGCCUUUCUGCAUGGCCUCAAUGAUGUCCAGACCGAAGGCCUUCCUCAAUUCCUGGAGGUAUUGGACAAGCGUCGAGCCGAGGUCCCCCAGCGUGGUCUCAUUACCGUCUCAAACCACAUUAGCGUCUUAGAUGAUCCUCUGAUAUGGGGUGCGUUACCACUCAAGUACAAUUCAGUACCAUCGAGCGCUCGAUGGGGUCUUGGUGCCCAUGACAUUUGCUUCAAGAACGGCUUCUUCAAGUCCUUCUUUAGUCUCGGUCAGGUUUUGCCGACAUAUCGCAUGCUUCACUCACCAAAUGGUGGUCUCUUUCAGCCGACAAUGGCACAGGCUAUCCGCCUCGUCUCGGGUCCUGGAGCCCUGUUUCCCUUAAAAACAGCCUUCCGUGCUGGCAACAACGAGGUUUUCGCCUCGCCUGCAUAUUACCGUAACAACCACAACGCGUGGGUUCACGUGUUCCCGGAAGGAUGUGUACACCAACAUCCCCAGCGGACUCUCCGAUACUUCAAAUGGGGAGUCUCGCGGUUAAUCCUUGAAUCCGACCCGGCGCCUCAGCUCGUCCCUAUCUUCAUUGAUGGCUUCUCAGACAUCAUGCCCGAAGACAGACAGUGGCCACGAUGGGCUCCGCGCAUUGGUGCCAAGAUCCGUGUCAUCUACGGCGAGGCCCUUGAGGUAGGUGACGCAUUUAAGGAGCAGCGAUCUAGGUGGAAGCGCAUGGUUCAAAAAGAAGAAGAGGCCCUGGGCAAGCGACUGAACGCCGGCGAAGUACCUGAGUCGCUGAAAGACCAUCCUGAGGCCAUUCAGCUACGGAUAGAAGUCGCCAAGACCGUCAGAGACUUGGUGCAGGAACUGAGACUGCGGGCGGGCUAUCCUCAGGAUGACCCGGCGUUUGCUCUUGCCGAGACGUGGGAGCGCGACCCUAAGAAGAAGCAGUAUAAAAGUCCAGUGGAUGACGGUUUGGUUCACAAGGAAUGAUAAGGACAUCGUUUCUUGUCUAGAUACGUGUUAGAUGACUGUCCACGGAGACAGUGCGCCACGUGUACAUGUAUAAUCUUUUACCCCUUUGUAAACCAACAUGUAGAUUCGUAGCAUAGGCUUUGAUGUGCAUUCAUUACUACUUCUGUGCGCUUUUCAUAA